CUGUACCUUGCCCUCUUCGAAGUGACAUCAGACAGAUACUGAUAAAUCCGUCAAACAAUAUUUUGCGACAUCCAAUAUUUAUUAUUUAUCUUUGUAUUUUUAAACACUAAAAAGUAAAAAUGAACAUAUUGCCAAAAAAAAGAUGGCACGUAAGAACUAAAGAAAAUAUAGCAAGAGUUAGAAAAGAUGAAGCGGAGGCCGCAGAAAAAGAAAGACAAGAGCAAUUAAGAAUCGCAGCAGCAGAUCGGGAGGCUCGUCUUAAUGUUUUAAAACAGAAAAGCAAAUUAAAAUUGUCAGAAUUUGAUUUUGCCCAACCUUUAGAAACAACAGAAACAAAUAAUCCUGCAGAACAUAUUAAUCUGUUCUCAGAUAUCGAACAUGCUUUACAAACAACUAAUAAAGAGCAUGAUAAAGAAAAAAAGGAAAAGCAAGAAGAAUAUGAAAAAAAGAUAGGUUAUUUAACUUAUUUAGGACAAGACACCAAUGAAGCCCUCGGUAAGAAGAACUGGUAUGAGGUACCACCGGAAUCGUCACGAUUUUCAAGAUCAGCAGAUAUAAAGGACACAUAUGACAAGCUUGUUUUGAAAGAUGCAGAUGGUAAACCUAAAGACAAACUUUUUGAUGAAAAAGAUGGAGAGGUAGCUUGGAAAGCAAAACAAAGUUUAGACCCAAUGAACACUUUUAAAAAAUACUGUAGCAGUCAACCCAAAACCUCAACCAAAACCAAAGACACACAAUCAAAUAAAUUGAACAUGCACAAAAGUAACAGAAGUAAAACUAGCAAAAAAGACAAACAUAAAAGUGAUUCACAAAUAAAAUUACAAAAACUAAGAGAGGCAAGAUUAAAGAGGGAAAUGCAGGAAAGGGCAAAAACGGAGAUGUUUUUGAGUAAACUUAGCGGUAUUGAGCCUGUUGAGACGGAGAAAAAAGAGCCCAAGAAAGUUGUCCCAAAAUAUAAUUCACAAUUUAACCCUGAACUCGCACGACAAAAUUUUAGAUAGACAUCUUAGGAAAUAAGCAAAAAAUAUAAUUAUUAAUUUAUUCAAUAUAAAAUAUAAAUGAUGUGCUGAGAGUAAACUUUAUGAUAAAUGAAAAUUUAGUAUCAGUAUAAAUAAAUUUAAUUAUCAUAAGAAUCAUAUAUUAUCAUAUAUAUUUGUAUAUCUUAAUAACUAGAUAAUCUCCAACCCUGUUUAUUGUAAACGUAACAUUAUAGACAUUUCAUUAAGUAGACAAAUAAUAUACUAUUAAUAUGAAAAGAUGUUUUUAAAAGUAACACAAAAUAUUAUUGAUGAUAUAGUAUAGUUGUGAAGAGAUCAUUUUUGAGGGCAUUGUGAUAGUAAAGCCAGUGGUAGCUUAUCUUCUAAUUUAUUGAAGGAGUAAUUGAAUGUCUCGCAGAAAAGUCUUAGUAUUUGUGUGGUUAGUCCCCCAUCAUGUGUAGUUUCACCGCCCUUAUGUCUGAAAAUGUAAAUAUUUUAAUAUAAUCAAUUUUACACUUCCUAUCAAAUGAGAAUGUUAUUUAAAAAAAAAGGCCAGCGUGUUAUUUCAAUACAAUAGAAUUCAAAUUAAUAUAUUAAAAUUUAACUGUUUUUCAAUUGUUGUCAAUAUAUGAAUUUUUCUUAUAUAUGUGCCAUAAUUCUAAAACUAAGUAAAUAAAGUAGUAUUAGAAGGAGUAGUAAUAGAAAUAACUUCAUAUAAUCCAGCCUGGGGCUGUCACUUGAAGAUUAACAACAGUAAUUUAUUUACUCAUAUAUAUUCCUUCUAAGUAUCAACCUUAUCUGUUGGUUCUAGCUGAUACAUAAUAAAAGCUACCUUAGAUUUUUUUUAAAGAGUAUGAGAAAGCCAAAAAUUACUCUAGGUAUCCGAUAAUGCUGUGCCUACGUUUUAUAUAUUAUGAUGUUAUUAAUGUAAGCGAAACUCACAUUCCAUAUUGGCACUUAGAAACAAACCGAUAUUCGAUGUGUUUCAUACUAAAUUAAUAAAUGAUUAUAUUUCGGUCGGCAGUCGCCAUCGGAACUUAGCGCUGUAAACUCGUCUCAAUGAUUAAAUUGUAAACUAUAAUAUUACAAUACAUAUAUAUACUAGA